AUGAGGCAGAGCAAAAGGAGGAAUGGACACAGAUGUGCCAAUACUGAAAACCGCUUUCACUCAAAAAGAAAUGAGACAACACAUUUUGGAACUCCCAGAGAUGAAAGGCCUUACAAAUGUACACAAUGUGAGAAGAGCUGCAAAAAUCACAAAGGGUUAAAGCAACACCACAGGGUUCAUAGCGAUGAGAAAUCUUAUCAAUGUACACAGGUUGAGAAGAGCUUGAAGCAUCAACGUGCAUUACAUCAACACACCAGGGUUCACAGCGGUGACAAACCCUUUAAGUGUGUGCACUGUCACAAAACAUUUAAUCAUCCAGGAAAUAUGCGAAGACAUCUCCAAGUUCACAGUGGUCAGAAACCUUACAAAUGUACUCAUUGUGACAAAACAUUUAAUCAAGCAGGAAAUUUACAAAAACACCUCAGAGUUCACAGUUGUGAGAAACUGUACAAAUGUACUCAUUGUGACAAAACAUUUAAUCCAGCAGGAAAUUUGCAAACACACCUCAGAGUUCACAGUGGUGUGAAACCUUACAAAUGUACUCAUUGUGAUAAAACAUUUAAUCAAGCAGGAAAUUUGCAAAAACACCUCAGAGUUCACAGUGGUGAGAAACCAUACAAAUGUACUCAUUGUGACAAAACAUUUACUGAAUCAGGAACUUUGCAAAGACACCUCAGGGUUCACAGUGGUGAGAAACCUUACAAAUGUACUCAUUGUGACAAAUGCUUUACUACAAAGUCAAACCUGACAGUGCAUAACAGAUCGAUGAGUGAAAAUGAGGCAUACCAAAGAAUGAGUGGACUCAAAUGUGCCAAUAUUGACAACUGCUUUCACUCUAAAAGAACUCAGACAACACAUUUUGGAACUCCCAGAGAUGAAAGGCCCUACAAAUGUACACAAUGUGAGAGGAGCUUCAAAAAUCAAAGAGGGCUAAACCAACACCAGAGGGUUCAUAGCUAUGAGAAACCUUAUCAAUGUACACAGUGUGAAAAGAGCUUCAAGAAUAAACGUGGGUUAGAUAGACACUUCAGGGUUCAUAGCGAUGAGAAACCUUAUCAAUGUACACGGUGUGAGAAGAGCUUCAAGCAUCAACAGGGGUUACAUCAACACCUCAGCAUUCAUAGUGACGAGAAACCUUAUCAAUAUACACAGUGUGAGAAGAGCUUCAAGAAUAAACCUGGGUUAGAUAGACACUUCAGGGUUCAUAGCGAUGAGAAACCUUAUCAUUGUACACAGUGUGAGAAGAACUUCAAGCAUCAAUUUGUGUUACAGCUACACACCAUGGUUCAUAGUGGUGAGAAACCCUACAAAUGACAGUGUGACAAAACAUUUAAUCAAUCAGGAAAUUUGCAAAGAAACCUCAGAGUUCACAGUGGUGACAAAUCUUACAAAUGUACUCAAUGUGACAAAACAUUUAAUCAAGCAGGAAAUUUGCAAACACGCCUCAGAGUUCACAGUGGUGCGAAACCUUACAAAUGUACUUAUUGUGACAAAACAUUUAAUCAUUCAUCAAAUUUCCAAAGACACCUCAGAGUUCACAGUGGUGAGAAACCUUACAAAUGUACUCAUUGUCACAAGACAUUUAAUCAAUCAAUUUUGCGAGGAAAGGCCAGUAGAGUGAAAAUGAGGCAUACCAAAAGACAGAGUGGACUCAGACGUGCCAAUACUGACAAUUGCUUCCACUCAGAAAGAAAUCAGACAACACAUUUUGGAACUCCCAGUGAUGAAAGGCCCUACAAAUGUACACAAUGUGAGAAGAGCUUCAAAAAUAUACAUGGGUUAUAUAGACAUGGCAGGGUUCAUAGUGAUGAGAAACCUUAUCACUGUACGCAGUGUGAAAAGAGGUUCAAGCAUCAACACGGGUUACAUCGACACUUCAAGGUUCAUAGUGACAAGAAACCUCAUCAAUCUACACCAUGUGAGAAGAGCUUCAAACAUCAACGUCUGUUACAUAGACAUGUCAGAGUUCAUAGUGGCGAGAAACCCUACAAAUGUACUCAUUGUGACAAAACAUUCAAUCAGUCAGGAAAUUUGCAAAGACACCUCAGAGUUCACAGUGGUGAGAAACCUUAUAAAUGUACUAAUUGUAACAAAACAUUUAAUCAAGCAGGAAAUUUGAAAACACAUCUCGUAAUUCACAGUGAUGAGAAACCUUACAAAUGUACCCAUUGUGACAAAACAUUUAAUCGUCCAGCAAAUUUGAAAAGACACCUCAGAGUUCACAGCGGUGAAAAACCAUACAAAUGUACUCAUUGUGACAAAACAUUUAAUCGUCCAGAAAAUUUGCAGACACACCUCCGAGUUCACAGUGGUGAGAAACCUUACAAAUGUACUCACUGUGACAAAACGUUUAAUCAUCCAGCAAAUUGGCAAAGACACCUCAGAGUUCACAGUGGUGAGAAACCUUACAAAUGUACUCAUUGUGACAAAACAUUUAAUCAUUCACCAAAUUUGCAAAGACACCUCAGAGUUCACAGUGGUGAGAAACCAUACAAAUGUACUCAUUGUGACAAAACAUUUAGUCAAGCAGGAAAUUUGCAAAAACAUCUCCUAGUUCACAGUGGUGAGAAACCUUACAAAUGUACCCAUUGUGACAAAACAUUUAAUCAUCCAGCAAAUAUGAAAAGACACUUAAGAGUUCACAGUGGUGAGAAACCUUACAAACGUACUCAUUGUGACAAAAGAUUAAAUCGAGCUGGAACAUUGCAAAGACACCUCAGAGUUCACAGUGAUGAGAAACCUUACAAAUGUACUCAUUGUGACAAAAGAUUUAAUCGAGCUGGAACGUUGCAAAGACACCUCAGAGUUCACAGUGGUGAGAAACCUUACAAAUGUACUCAUUGUGACAAAAGAUUUAGUCAAGCAGGAAAUUUGCAAGCACACCUCAGAGUUCACAGAGGUGAGAAACCAUACAAAUGUACUCAUUGUGACAAAACAUUUAGUCGAGCAGGAAAUUUGCAAACACACCUCAGAGUUCACAGUGGUGAGAAACCUUACAAAUGUACUCAUUGUGACAAGACAUUUAAUCAAUCAGGAAUUUUGCAAAGACACCUCAGAGUUCACAGUUGUGAGAAACCAUACAAAUGUACUCACUGUGACAGAACAUUUAAUCAAUCAGGAAAUUUGCAAAGACACCUCAGAGUUCACAGUGGUGAGAAACCUUACAAAUGUACUCAUUGUCACAAAACAUUUAAUGUACGACCAUUUUUGAAAAUACACCUCAGAGUUCACAGUGGUGAGAAACCUUACAAGUGUUCUCAUUGCAACAAAUGCUGUACUGCAAAGGCAAACCUGAUAGUGCAUAACAGAUCAUACCAUGGGAAUUGGCCUCACAAGUGCAGCUAUUGCAGCAAAGGGUUUCAGGAUCAGAGGAGCUUAAAGAGACACAAGUGUAGACAACUAUCUUUAGAUAGAGAGAAAUUCACUUGUUGGAUGUGUGGUGAAUUUUGUCACAAUUGUUGUGGGAUACUUUACCACAUGUAUGAACAUGGUAUGAAAAAAGAGUAAACCGAUGUUUAGUCUAUUGUUUUGGGGCACAAGGGUUAAUUACGCUUGUGGUCUCUUUUGGUUAAGUCCAACACUUGGAUAAUGUCUGUGUAAGACUGCAGUGGUUUACUUUUGGAUAGAGAACUUGUAACUGAUAUAGAUGAUUUACAUGGCCGCAGUGAGACACGAAAUUUCUCUGUGGGCGUUGAAAAUUGUUUUCCAAGAGAGCAAAUUUAAGGUGGCUAGCACCAGUUUUCUUGCAUGAGGAACAGGUCACAUUCCUGCAUCACACACUAGAGAAAUGCACAAAAGAAGCGUGCGAUUAAAAAGAAAAAAAUUCAAAAUAGAUAUGGUGGUGCAAGGCUUUUUUAGGGCUAUGUAACUUCUCUCUUAUUUUGUAAGGUGUUUGCCUACCAGAGUGAAUUUGAUGUAUUCAAUGGGCACUUCUAUGCAGGAGACAGAAACCAAGAUAAAGAAGACGAGUCUGGUCAACAUAAAGGUUGCGCAGCAUCUAAACAGAAAAUCUAAUUGAUACGAAUCUCAUUCAUUCAAGCAUCAGUAGGUGCUCACGCAAGCACGCGUAAUAAUCAGCUGUAGUCAUAAGAGAUCAUGAGGAACUGUUGCUCUUACAGAAUCCAGAAUUUUAGAUACAGAAGAAUGUGCAUGGGAAUUUCUAAACUCACAAAGGCUUUUGCAUGAAAACAAUUAUGGGAAACCCCUUUUUAUUGUUUCAAUAUAAUAUUAAUGUUGAAAGGAAUGGUCAGAAAGGGACUAGAGAAUUCUAUGGAAGGACAUGAGCACUGUGUGAAAAUUGGAUUUUUCUAAAUUUUCUAAUAUUCUGCACUGUAGAAUGAUUUUUAUAUCUUUGUGCAUUUUCCUUUUCAAGUGCCAAAAGCAAUCUCUUGUAAAAAUUACAGGGUCACCCUGCCAGUAAUUUUCAAAUAUUAGAGCCAUAAGCUAAAAAAUGCAUCUGAAUAAACCUUUGAAAGUGUUGCCAUGGAAACUGCUAGUGAUGAAAUGACACCCAUAUUUGGAUAACCACAUGAUUAUAUAAUUCCACCCCGUAAAAGUGUUCAAAUGGCAUUGGUCAUUGGUCAAUCUGUAAUGUACUCUUUCAACUAUCAAAAAGAUAGUACUAUUUUUCAACACAAGAAGAGAAAUUUCGUAUCUCUAAGCAGCAAUGUUAUUUUCUACCUAUUUAUCAUAAUAUAUAGAUUUAGCCAAGCCUAAAAGUGGAGCUCUUAAGUUCAUAUUAUUAAUGAUAACAUAAUAGAUGUGCA